UUUUGAUUACCGAUUUUGAGGGUUCUCUCUUGGCUCGUACUUCUGCUGUGUAGCCCCUUUUGGGUACGAGCUUACUGCUUGACACUGACUGGUGCUGUCGAGGGAGAGAAGGGUUCUGGAAGGGAAGGAGGAAGCUGGUGACCUCCUACCACAUCCACGGCUACAAAGCAGCAGUAUGGAGCUGUCGGUGCCUGACAAACUCCAAACGUUAAAAGACUAUCGUCUGACGAUCGAGUAUAAGCACUUGAAGCAGAAUGCGCCAGGCGGAGUGUUCGUUAUCCCGAGCGUCAACCACCUCCGCGUCUGGUACGGAGUGAUUUUCGUGCGCCGAGGUCACUAUGCCAAUGGGGUCUUCAAGUUCAGGGUGGAGUUACCUCCGGAUUACAAUGAUGCCGGCACGUGGCCAAUCAUUCGCUUCACGAGCACGGUGUUCAACCCGAUGGUGUCACCGAUAACUGGAGAGCUAGACCUCAGGUCUGUGUUUCCAGAGUGGUUACCCGGGAAACACUACAUGGUGACGGCCCUCACGUACCUGAAGAAGGUUUUUUACAUGAAGGACUUCUCCUUCCCUCGACCAGCCAACCCAGAGGCACAAUCACUGUUCCAGGACGACAAGCGGGGAUUCCUCGAAAGAGUCGAAGCGUGCGUGCGCGAGAGUCAGGAGACUGUGUACGAGAACGAGGAAGGGUCCAGCUUGCGCUUCACGGAGCCCAAACCCGCACAUGACAAGCUCCGGGAAAAGAUUUUGGGUACAGAUCAGGCAGGGACGUCGUCCCUGUCGCCUACAGGAACACGAGAGCUGAAAGUCAGCACGGCAGCAACAACUGGUGCUGGAGAAAGGUCAACCGAGGUUGACAGAGCGCAAGAACAUUCUAGUCGAUGACGUGGGUCGAUCUAGUACGCUGCAACGGGGAACUGCGAUGGCGACCGUAGUAGAAAGUGUCCGAGAGGAUCCGAUUCCCAGGGUAUCCGUCGAUUGACUUUUCCCAGAAUCGGUACACCUUGUCACAAGCGGGUAUCGUAGCGUCUUGGGCUGUUAAUAGUUAGACAGACACGUUGUUUGUUGAUCAUGUGGCCGCCACCUGCACGUGCGGUGUUCGUGUAUGGCUGUUUGUAGAGUGGUGGUAUUCCAUCACGUUUUUAGCCUCAAAGCGAGGUUGUUAACUUCCAUGUCUGCAGCAAUAACAGCAAGUAGGUUUGUCCUUUGUUACAAUCAGAUUGCGUGUCUGUGUUUUCUACUACUGCCGUAGAUCACUGCUGCUUGAAGACCGGCUUGAAGAACGAUUAGUUCUGACCACUUUCGAAAUCACGGUCGACCAGGGAUUGGAACGGAACCCCAUUUCGUUGCGAAAAAAAUGUGUGAAUUCAUCUCUGUCCGUGGUGUGGCCCCACCUGAAAUUACUUCGUACACGUAAGC